ACACAGGUGCACUCGUGCUUUACUGAAGGCCAUAUAUCUGAUGUCAUUUGAUGUCCUGCAGGUUUGGGUGCAAUUAAUUCAUUUCCAGGACGCGCUAUUCUUAUCUAACAAAAAAUAAAAGUACAUUAAACUUCCUGUUUUUGUCUAUAAUCAAUAUGGUUUGUGUGGGAAGCCACAAAGAAAAAAGCACCUUUUCAUAUUCACUUGUGCUUGAUGAUGCUGCACCUAAGUCACACACACACAUGUUUCUGGUGCUGAUUCAGAAUGAGAAGAGGAACUGACAGCGUUUUGUAGUUUCCUGCCAAAUGUGCAGAAAGUCUGGGUCAGGUUCACAUACACACACAGAAACACACACACAGCAUCCGUACACCCCCGCGCACGCGCCUCUCGAUUACAUCUUCAUCAACUGACAGUUGUGACGAAUGGCCAGUGGAAAAGAAAAACUAAUUAGUCAUUGUAACAAUUGAGUUUUCCAAUCUUCAGAAAGAAGUGGUUUUCCAGCGUCCUCAAGGAUUCUUAUAUAAGGUGAUUGUGUACCUGUCGACAGUAUGACGGACAUCAAUCCAAGCAGCUUUAGAGAAGGAACAGAAGAAACUUUGCAGCUUCACCAUGAAGGCAUCUGUGUGUUUUGCGUUUGCAGUGGUUUGUUGGUUCGCAGCGCAGGCAGAGGAGUCACCGAAGUACCUCUUCCUCAAAAAAGUUAUGAAUGAACUCGACAGGAUCAAAAAUGGAUUGGAAACGAACAAAAGCAUAACUUUGAACUCACCCACCAUCAAUGAUUUAGAGGACUGCUGCGUUAAAUCUGCUCUGAACUGUUUUCAGUCCAAAGUGCUUUAUCUGCCAGUUGUUGAUAGCAAACUAAAGACGUUACAGAAGAUCAUCCAAAAAGAGCUUCACAAAAUUGUGAACCGUGUGCCCAAUUGCAAACCCAAAGAGCUAGAGAAAGCUCAGUGCAAACAAUGUGAUUCGUACAAGGAGGUUGACAGCCAAACAUUUGUGAAGAAUUUAAAAACUCUUCUGCAAAAGAUGUAUGCCAGUUAACUGUAGAGAUGAAAGAGAGAAGAGACUGUGUAUAUGACACUACCUGACCAAACCACAGAGAAGAGGCUCACACACUCCGCUGCUUCUGCUCUUCUAUUUAUUGAUUAUUUAUUGAAAGUUUUCUUGCAUAUUUUAACUAGCGGAUCUGUUAAAGGAUUGUUCAUGACUUUGACAUGUUUUUAGGAACAGGGCAACAGCUUCUUUAAGAAAUUAGAUAUUUGUUAUUUAAUGACAUGUAUUCGUUUUAUGUUAUACCGUCACCUUGAGGUGAGAUCCCAGCACUGUUGCUUUCAUAACAGCCUUGUUCCUGGAAAGAAGGGUGGUUUCCCUGAUGAAGAUUAAGUCUUAUGCAACAACACAAGGGCUUUCGAGUAGAUUUUUCACUUUAAGUAUGCUAAGAAUUUUAUUCUUAACUCUGUCAGGAAAACCACUCAUUUAGAUGAUGUAUCUUAAAAAAAGCAGAUGACACUUAUUAUAUGUCUCACAAUGAGAUGCAUAUCUAUAUAUAUAUCUAUAUAUUGGAUGAUAUUUAUUUGACAUUAAAAGAUUUAUUGAUGUUAACAUCAUGGCUGUGGUGGUUAUUUGAGAUGGACAUUGAAUUCUCGGUGUAUUUCAACCGACAGAAACAUCAUGAAUGGUUCUCACCUGUUAAAGUUUAACCUGAUGACCCGGAUAAGUUUCAGCAAACAGUUCUUGUUGUUUUUGUGUGGACAUACACCACUAGUUAAAGUUUGCAAACAAGCAUAAUCAAAAUUGAGUUUGUGUAGCAGGUGUAUCAAGAAAAUGCAAAGUACAAGAUUGUAUCGUUGCACUUUAUUUUACAGUCCAGUUCCUCAUGUACUAUGUACUUAUUAUAGUAAUUACAAUAACUAUGUAAUAACUAGGAACUAACCCUGAACCUAUCCCUAAACCUAAACCUACCCAAUGUAUUACCAGAACUUUCUUAGA